AGGAGCCCUGCCAGGGGGCAGGGCCCAGGAAGUAGGGAGGGUGGGUCUGGCCACAGGAGGCCCACAGCCCAGGGCCCCCCCACCCUGCAGCCCCUGCAGGAAGAGGUGGGGCCUGAGCCGAGGAGGCUGGGAGACCUCAGACCAGGGACUUUCCUGAAGUAGGAGCCUUCUGGGCAGAAAGGCAGAGCCAGUGCUGGGGACAGAAAUCAACACAGAAACAGCCAGGCAAGAGGACGACGUCAUGGAGCCCUGGCCCAGCAGCCCAAUGCACAGCUUACCUCCCAAGAUCUACAACACCAACUUCCGAAACCUGCUAUUUGCCCCUGGGCUGAACAACACCUACAUCUGCUUUGAGGUGGCAAAAUGGAAGAACAACUCUCUCAAGCCCUGCUACUGGGGGGUUUUUCGAAACCAGCCCUCCCACCUCGUAAACGGCUACCUGGAGGAGCCUCUCCAUGCAGAACAGCUCUUCCUCUCUUGGUUUGAUGACCAGUAUCUGUCUCGUCGUGUGAAUUACCAUGUCACCUGGUUCAUGUCCUGGAGCCCCUGCUUGGAGUGUGCAGAGGAGGUGGUCCAUUUCCUGGGGGAGCACGAGAACGUGAGCCUGAACAUCUCCGCCUCCCGCCUGUACAAGUGUGAGGACGAAGACCAGCAGCAGGGGCUUCAACUACUGGACCAGGAGGGGGUCGAAGUGGCCGUGAUGUCUCCAGAGGAUUUUGAAUACUGUUGGGACAACUUCGUGGACCACCGUGAAACGUACUUCAGGUAUUGGAAGGGUAUACGUCGAAAUUAUUAUGCUCUGAGGAACAUGCUUGAAGAAAUCCUCUGCAGGGGAUGACUUCGGGGUCCGAGGGGCCUCCCGAGUGUGUUGCAGGAGGAAGCCCGUGUCCCAGGGUGCUGAGCCCAGCUGCAGACUCCAGGCUCUGAGUCUGAUUGGAGGGAACACAGGCUUCUCUCCAGGUCUCUGAAGCCGCCCUUGUCCUGCUCCCAGCUGCAUAGAAAUGCUCGCCUUCUGGCUUUUGGAGGAGACAACUUGGAGAGGGCUUGCUUUUCUCUUCGUUCACUUUGGCCAAAUCCAAUAAAGCUUCUGUGACUCUGG